AUGGAAUGUACCCAGCAAAGUGGGAGACCUGCCUCUUCACAAACAAGCAGACGACGUACGUGGAGUCCGGCAGAAGAGUCUGCCCUAGUGGACAUUUUGAAAGACAUGGUUAACGAGGGCUGGAGGGUAGAUAAUGGGUUUAGGCAGGGCUACAAUUUCGAGAUAGAGAGAAGACUGCACAAGAAGUAUCCUGAUUGUACCCUUCGUGCAGACCCCCACAUAAGCUCAAAAAUACAUGUGUGGCGCAAGAACUAUGUGAGCGUGGCACUCAUCAAAACUACCUCAGGCUUCGGGUGGAGCGAGUUGACAAAAACAUUUUCCUGCGACGAUCAGGUUUGGAGUAACUGGAUAAAGGUAGAUCCAAAUGCGAAAUCACUUAGGAACAAGUCUUUCCCUUACAUCAAUGAUUGGGCAGAAAUCUUUGGGAAAGACAGAGCAACGGGCGAAAAUGCACAAGCCUUUGAUGAUGCCGCUAACGAAUGCCCAGUACAACCUAUGCAGUACACCCCGGACUCGGAUAAUGAGGCUAAUGCAUCAGGUCAUAACCCCUCUGAUGGAAGCCCAUGCGUUGGCAUGGAAAACACCUCUGCUAUGGCGUCUGAGUCCGGUACGAGGGCAGGAAAGAGAAAGAAAGGGAGUAAAAGGAAAGAAGAGAGGCAGUGGGAGGAGCGUUUUCUAGAUAUAAUGCAAACAUUUUCUCAGGGUACAAAGGACAGCUUGAAUGGCAUCGCAUCAAGGCUUGGGUUUGAGCAUGAUGCUGAGAAGAAAAGGAGUGAGGUGUUUGAUUCAUUGUCUAGCAUGCAUUUCCUUUCAACUGAGGCUAAAAUGGUUGUCACCAUGCGUCUGUGUAAGAACCCACAGGAGCUCUCGAUGUUUUUCAGCCUAAGUCCGGAGAAUAAAGCUGUGAUGGUGAAGAUGAUGCAAGAAGGACGGUUGUAG